AUGUCUUCACAGACCUUUGCAUUGCUGUUACGCAUGUGUUCAGGUGUUCUUGCAGGUGACUGGUCAGUGGCUCUCUCCUCGGCUCCUACCUGUGCUGCCGUGGGUUCGACUGUAGUCCUCCCUUGUUCCUACGAUUUCCCCCAGAGCUUCAGCAACAAAAGCAGAAAAGGGCAGCCCUCCGGCCAGUCAGGAGUGGAGGAGGAAUACAAAGUUCUGUCUGAGAUGUGGUGUCUGGGAGAGGGUCGCUGUAUCACUCCAAGCUAUGUGUACCAUAGCGACAGUAUCUUCCCAGAUCCAGCCUACCAGGACAGAGUGGAGUACCUGGGAGAACGUGGGAAUAAAAACUGUUCUUUAAGGAUCUCCAAGCUGAGACAGAAUGACAGUGGAAACUAUGUGUUUUACCUCAUCACCAGUCACCCCACACAGAAAAUGCCUGAACAGAGCGGCAUACAGCUCCUGGUGGCGGACUCCUUGACUGCAGUCACAGCAUUGGUCAGUCCUAGUGGCAAUGUCACAGAAGGUUCACCUCUAAGUCUGUUUUGCUGCAGCCAGGAAACCAAUCCAGAGCACCGUUACAGAUGGUACAAAGACUCGAGUCCCGCCCCAGGUCAUGAUGGACAGGUUUGGAGCAUGACCAACAUCUCAACUGAUGAAGCUGGCAGUUACUAUUGCCAGGUCCAAACUGGAGAUGGAGCACAGAGCUCACCAAAAAUCAGCAUUGAUGUACAGUAUCCUCCUCGCCAAACAUCUGUGACUUUAUUUCCUGGUGGGGAGCUACAAGGUGAGGGGUCAGCUGUAACACUGACCUGCAGCAGUGAUGCCAACCCACCAGUCAACACAUACACCUGGUACCAGGGUCCAGGGUGUUUUGGUUCUCAGCAAACGAAACCCCUCGCUUCACCCAAAGGGACUGGCCACACUUUCCACAUUGCUAACACCACCAUGGAGGAAAUGGAGCAUUUCUGCUGCGUCGCAAGCAACAGACAUGGAUCACAGAAGUACACUUUGACAGUAAGAGCCCAGAGGGAUUCAAAAGGAUGGAGACUGGUGAUAGUAACUGCGACCAUUGUUGCCCUACUUGUUCUCAUAGGGAUAAUGGCAUUUAUAGCACGAAGACGGAGGGCAGUCUCCAGUCAGUCCUAUAUCCUGACUGCUACAACCACCACAGUGCCUUAAGUCCUUCACAAGCGUCAUCGAUC